CUCAAAAACCUUAAAACCCUUAGAUUAAAAUGUACAAAUUCUGAACCCUCAUAAGAAUGGACGGGGAGGAGAUAAGACACGUGGAAGUCAGCUACAAGCUUCUCCAGGAUCACAUAAACAAGUUGACAGAAAAUCAGACAAAUAUCAUUAACAAAUUCGAGGUCCUUAACAGAAAUGUUGACGAACUUAGAAAGACUUUGGCACAGUUUUCGGACAAGAUCAAUACCUUGGAAGAGGUUUCAAUGGAUAGGAAGAAACUUAAGAUAGAAAUCAAAAUCUUGAAGAACAGGAUAGAUGAGUUGUAUGCUAUUGUGAAAGAAGGGAAGGAAGAUGAUUCUAAUCCCAGUGCUGACCCUCAAGAAGUGGAGUCUUGUCAUUCGGGCUUCUCCUGCUCUUCAAAGGUGACAAUGACCACCGGACUGGACAGAGACACGAUACGGGCCGCCUACGAAGACGUCCGCUCGGAUACAACACCAACUGAGUGGGCGGUGUUCAAAUUCGACGGUGCCCGCAUCGUGUGCUCGGCGCGCGGCUCCGACUUCACGGAGUUCCGCACCCAGUUCUCUGAUGACGACCGUGCCUUCGGAUAUCUCAGGUUGCAAAUGGGUGACGAGAUGUCUAAACGCAAGAAGUUCUUGUUCGUGACGUGGGUGGGGCCGAACGUGUCCGUCAUCAACCGCGCCAAGAUGUCCACCGACAAAGCCAUCAUCAAAGACAUCAUCUCUAAUUUUGCAGUGGAGUUACAAUUGGAAAAUCAAUCCGAAAUAGACAUCGAUCAAUUCAAGGACGCUCUGAAUAGGGCGGGAGGAGCAAACUAUGGUACAGGAGUCAGGGAUUUAUGAAUUGCACAAUAAAAUAUCCGCCUACGUUCUAAAAACAUAUCAAUACUUUGAUUUUAAGAGUCAUUUUGUAAUUUUUACUAAUUGUAAAAGUUAGUGUAAAACAACUAAGGAUGGCUAAUUAAAAUCAAAGUUGUGGUAAUUUUUGUAUUAAUUAGGCCACCAUCGGGCCCAAAUUGUUUUUCUAUAAGUAGGUAUGUGCUUUUAUUUUUAAAUUUUUAUACUAGUGUAUUAAGUUCUGCAUUGGUCAUUUUAUGCUGUUUCGAACGUAAAAAUACCUAUUUAUUUUUUUUACAAAAUUGAUAUUUGAACUUAUUUUUUAUUUAGGGAGAUUGUAAAAUUUCUAUAAUUUAUUUUUUUAAAGUCAUUGUGCAAUUUAUACUCGUAAUGUAACGUAAGGAUUUGCCAAAAAUCUUAAGUGAAAGUUGCCAUGUAUAGGGCGCGUUAAGUGCAUUUAUUUUUUUGUCUACCUGUAUUUUACUGAGACGAAAUUUUACAAUGUAUUGUAUACAAAAGUAUUUGGAUUUUAAACUGGCUUUUAUAUACAUUGACUAGUGUUAUACCCAGCAUUAUUGGUAAACGAAUUGAAGUAAAUACAUAAACAUUAACCAAACGAC